AAAUGUUGCUUUACGCGUUGAUCUUCCUUUGGGAUGUCGUUACGAAGUAUAUUUCUAUAAUCAUGGACUUUAUCUACCAGUCGAAUUAUUUUAUGGCCUUGGUUAGCUGCAUUAUGGCGAUAGUCUUUAUGGCGCAUGUGAAAUCGGCGUCCAUUAUAUUGACCGACUUGUGCAGCCCAAAAAAUCAAAGGUCUGUACUUGAUCGACAGCCGUCCCCGAUAAAUAUUGUGCGCGGCAGGGUCUACAAACUGGAGCACUUGGAUACGCUGCGUUGGUUUUGCUACAACGAAUUGCCUCCGGCGGUGCUGCUCGAAAACAAUGGCAGCACCGUGAUAAUGCGCAUUUCCUGUUCUCCGGAAUGUACUCCGUUCCUUGCAGGUGGGAAUUUACCUGCAAACUAUUAUUUUGUGGAGGCAUCAUUCAAGUGGGGCAGCUCGGAGCACUCGAUAGACUCGCGCAGCUAUGCCAUGGAGAUGCAAGUGCUCCAUGCCACGAAUAUAGCAAAUGCCUCUUACGAAUAUCUAACAGUAUCCUACAUGUUCGACUUGGCACACCAGAAGAACUAUCAUCUCGAUCAGAUUAUCGACAAUUUGGGCUCCAUACGCACAGCCGGCUCGGUCAUCGAGCUGCCACCCUUUAACCUAGCCUCCUUGAUGUGGUGCUUCGGCAACGACUAUUUUAGCUAUCGCGGCACCUACGCCAAUGGCACUGCGCUGCUACCCAGCCAGUGGGCCAUUUGUCCGCGCAUCUUCUACAUCAGCCCCGAUCAGCUGGCUCGCUUCAGAGAUCUUUACGAUAUGAACGGAAGAAGAAUCCAAUCGAACUCACGCCAGAAACAGCCGCUCGGUGAUCGUUGUGUUGCUUUGCAUUGUUAAUAUUUGAUUAC